AUGGCUGACCUGAGGGUGGGCUUCGGCUUGCUCCUGGAGCCUCUGGGCUUCAUUAAGGUCCUUGAGUGGAUUUUUUCCAUCAUUGCUUUUGCCACAUGUGGAGGCUUUCAAGGUGAAACUAUCCUCCUAGUUUCCUGCAAAGAUGUGGUAAACAAAACAAUUACAGCUGCUUUUGCUUAUCCAUUCAGGUUGGACACUGUUGUAUUUAGUGCACCAGACCCAAAAUGCUGUGGUGGUAAUUGGACUGAUGUCUAUCUCGUGGGCAACUUCUCCGGCUCUGCGCAGUCCUUUGUUACGCUUGCAGUGUUGGUAUUCCUCUACUGCACUGCUGCGCUGGUGGUAUAUAUUGGAUAUAAGCAUGUGUAUCAGCAAAACAGCAACUUUCCACUGACUGACUUCUAUAUCACUGUCAUAACAAGCUUUCUGUGGUUGGUCAUUACUCUUGCUUGGGCAGCAGCACUUACUGACAUCAAAAUGUCCACAGGGGCCCGCAUUAUUCCAGGAAUUGAAUCUUGCAAAGCACCAGCAACAUCUUGUCAGUUUGUUUCUGUGACCAGCAUGGCAACUCUGAAUGUGUCUGUGGUGUUUGGCUUUCUUAAUAUAAUUUUAUGGGGAGGAAAUAUUUGGUUUGUACACAAGUACGCCAACCAGUACAACCAAUCAAACCGAAUUUCUCGAAGACCAGGAAUAUAUUCAAUUCAAAGAGGAAUACAAAGACAAC